GAGCAGAGGGCGACGUUGCAGCCGCCACCGCCGCGCUACGGGAGCCGGGAGGGACCAGGACGGGACGCAGACACACUUGUCAUCCAUUCUCUUGGACUUCAUGUGGGCAAAUGGCAAAUGCUGAAGUAAGCAUCCCUGUAGGGGAUGUUGUCGUCGUGCCAACUGAAGGAAAUGAAGGGGGCAACCCAGAAGAUACCAAAACUCAGGUGAUAUUACAACUGCAGCCAGUGCCACAAGGCAGGGUUUAUCAAGAGAGCUCUGAGACCAGUACAGCUGUAGUGGCCGUGGAAACGCACACCAUACACAAGCUUGAAGAAGGCAUUGACCCCAGCACCAUUGAAACAAAUGAAGAAAUUGAGAUUGCCUACCCCAUCACCUGUGGAGAGAGCAAAGCCAUUCUCCUCUGGAAGAAAUUUGUUUGCCCAGGAAUCAAUGUCAAAUGUGUCAAGUUCAAUGAUCAACUUAUCAGCCCAAAGCAUUUUGUUCAUCUGGCUGGCAAAUCUACCCUGAAGGACUGGAAGAGAGCCAUUCGCCUGGGAGGAAUCAUGCUGAGAAAGAUGAUGGAUUCUGGGCAAAUUGACUUCUACCAGCAUGACAAGGUUUGCACAAACACCUGUCGCAGCACCAAGUUUGACCUCCUGAUCAGCAGUGCCAGGGCACCGGUGCCAGGGCAGCAAAGCCUGGUACAGACUCCCACCUCCGCUGACGGAAGCAUCACUCAAAUUACAGUGUCUGAGGAGAGUGUGGAGGAAGGGAUUGAAUGGAACCGUGCUCUGACAGCAGCAGUCACCAUGGCAACUGAGGAGGGAAUCAAGAAGGACCCAGAGGAGAUUUCAGAGGACACACUGAUGUUCUGGAAAGGAAUCGCUGAUGUGGGGUUGAUGGAAGAAGUUGUCUGCAACAUUCAGAAGGAGAUAGAAGAGGUGCUGAGAGGUGUUCAGCAGAGGCUUGGCCAGUCACCCUUCCAGGUUACCGACGCUGCUGUCCUAAAUAAUGUUGCUCACACUUUUGGCCUGAUGGACACUGUCAAGAGAGUGCUGGACAACAGGAAGAGUCAAACAGAUCAGGGAGAAGAACAGUUUCUUUAUACUCUGGCAGACCUGGACCGCCAGCUGGAGGAGCAGAAGAAGUUUGCCAGGGAUCAGAAACUAAAGUCCCAGACUGUUCAGAACGUGGUCCUCAUGCCUGUCAGCACUCCCAAGCCACCUAAGAGGCCCCGGCUGCAGCGUCCAGCCUCGGCCACAGUCCUGAGCCCUUCCGCCCCCAUCCAGCAGCCUCAGUUCACAGUGAUUUCGCCCAUCACCAUUGCACCCAUGGGGCAGCAGUUCUCUGUGAGCAACAUUCCAAUGGCAACCAUCAGCCAGAGCUCCAGCCCAGUGACUGUCCAUACCUUGCCAUCAGGCUCGCAGUUGUUCCGCUACGCCACGAUGGUCUCUUCCUCCAAGACCAGCUCCUCCGACACAGUGACCCUUCACCCGUCUUCUAGCUUGGCCCUGCUGAGUUCAGCUGCCAUGCAGGACAGCAGCACCCUUGCCAAUGUGGCCACCGUGGUGAAUCCUGUGGAACUGGUGGCCAUGGAGUCUGGCCUGACCUCUACCCUACAGGCUGUCGAGGGCACUUCAGACGAGGGACAGACCAUCAUAGAAAUAGACCCGGCACCUGAUCCAGAAGCUGAGUCAGAGGAGUCUGGGGCCAAAGCUGUGAUUCUGGGAACAGAACUGAGGACUGAGGAGAAGGUGGUGGCUGAGGUCGAUGAGCACCAGCAUCAGGUCCACAACGUAGAGAUUGUGGUCUUGGAGGACUAGCCAAAAAGCCAGAUUGUAAAGUUCCUUUGGGGUUCAUCGAUUGUUUAUUUGUUUUGCCUCCCUUUUUUUUUUCUUUUUUACAGCCUUUCAGGUAAGUUCCCAUAGGAUAUUAAAGAAAAAAAAGAUUUUCACAUGGGAGAGCGCAGCCUCCAUUUGUACUGAAGGGGGGAAGGGAAAGGAAACUUAUUAUCCUGCCUAAUCCUAAGCACUCCCACAGAAGGGAAACAAGCACCUGCUGUUACCGAGAUCAUCGCACAGCGUGUGAUUACAGCCCAUAGACCCAGUUUUGAAAAAGACACUUUGUCUACACCUUGUUUACACUUCAACUGUUUUGUCUUAGAAAUUAAUGAAGCCGGGUACCUGAAAUGUAUCUGACUAAUGGAUGAGAGCGAUUGUGGGGAAAUGGGAUCCUUACUUAUUCCUCAGCUCUCAACCACCGUAAGAAAUUAAAUUCUGUGUUACCUUA